GUGAAAAAACCCAAAAGUCCUACUAGUCGUAGACCCACACCGCUCCCAACGAGGAUCCACCAAGAUGCGUCUGCUGCUGCUCAGCCUGCUGGCGUUGGGUGCGCAUGCGCACACCAUUGGCUAUCGCACCAAUCUGCUGGCCUAUGCGCCGGCACGCGGCGAGUUCCCUGUGCAGAGCGAAAUCGUGCAGGGCUAUACGCGCUAUCUGGACAACACUGGAGCCGAGCGUCUGAUUGCCUUCAACUAUCCGGAACCUCUGUACGGCAUACGCACCGUAGCUCAGCCCGCGACUAGUUUUGUGCGCACCUCGGCUAAAGUGGAACCACAACAGCAGCAGCAGCAGCAUUUGGCCCUAUUCCGUGCCUGGUGUGAGCAGCGCUACAAUGCCCUGCGCGUGGAGCUGGAGCGCUUGCGCGCCGAGGGCAAGCAGCCGACGGCCAACAUGCUUUCCCAAUAUGAGCCACUGGAGCAGAUCAUCAAGAUGAAUGCCUUUGAAGCAGUGCCCGGCCUGAGUCCCGAGCUGCAGCGUGUGCGCGACGAGCAAAUGCGCAUUUGGAACGAGGCGCGCCUGAAGGUGAUCAAUGCUGAGGCAGCGCUGCCCCAGCAGACUUUCGUCAAGCAGAACAUCUUCACCGCUCAGCCCUUUGCAAAGACCGAACAGCCCUUGGUCAAGCAGUUUGCCUACACGGCACAGACUAAUGGUCCUCUGGAAUCGCCAAAGCCGGUGCAGGAAACUGAGGAAGUGAAGCGCGCUCGCGAGGAACAUCUGAGACGCUAUAACGAAGCCCUGCAGCAGCAGCAGCAGCAGAAGCAGGAGUCGCUGGAUUGGAAACCACAGCCCAUUCAGCAGCAGGAUCAGCUUCAGCAGGAACAGCUUGUGAAAACCAUUCCAAUUGCAACUGAGAAGCAGCAGAAGCAGGAGUCGCUGGAUUGGAAGCCACAACCCAUUCAGCAGCAGGAACAGCUUGUGAAAACCAUUCCAAUUGCAACUGAGCAGCAGCAGCAGCAGCAGCAAGCCAUAGAGGACACGCCUGAAGUGCAGCGCGCUCGCGAGGAACAUCUGAGGCGCUAUAACGAAGCCCUGCAGCAGCAGCAGCAGCAGAAGCAGGAGUCGCUGGAUUGGAAGCCACAGCCCGUACAGCAGCAGGAACAGUUUCAGCAGCAGCAGCAGCAGCAAGCCAUAGAGGACACGCCUGAAGUGCAGCGCGCUCGCGAGGAACAUUUCAAGCUGUACAAGGAAGCCCUGCUGCGUCAAGCGACUGAGGCACAGCCACAGCCUCAGCCUCAGCCCCAGCAGCCAUCCUACGCACCUCUGCCCACAUCAGCGCCCCAAGCCGGCGUAAAGACCUACGAUGCCAGCAGCCCUGGAACAUACGUGUCCGCCCAGACCCCAGCACAGACCCUGCAGACCGACAACUUUAACCAAGUCAAGGUGAAAGCCGAGGAUAGCAGCCGCUACGAUGAGCGUGAGCAGGCCGCACAGCUGGAGGAGGAGCGUCGUGAGGAGAUUCGUCUCAUGGAGCUGGAGCGUCAGCGCGAGGAGAAACGUCUGAUGGAGGAACGUCGCAUGCUUGAGGCUGAGCGUAUUGCCCUAGAGCAGGAAGAGAAGCAGCGCAUGGAAGCUGAGCGCCUGGAGGAGGAGCAGCGUCAGCAGGCCGAGCAGCAGCAGCUGAAGGCAGCAUCAGACGAAGACAGCUAUAAGUAUGCCAAGCCCCAGGCAGCUCAGGCCGCUCAGCCCGCUCAGCCCGCUCAGCCACAGACCAUAGCGCAGCAGCAGCAGGUGCAGAACGGUUUCUUCUUGCGCAUUCAGUCGGGAGCACCCAGCCAGAUUAGUGCACCCAGUCAGCCCAGCGCUGAAGCUUACUUCCUGGCCGAGCAUAAUCCCUUCCUGGUGCGCUAUGCCCCGCAGCCCCAAAAGGCGCAGCAGCUCUCCAGCCCGGUCAGCUCUACUUAUAGCUCGGGCUCGUCAACAAACGCCUUCAAGAGCUCCACGGGCCUCAGCGAAUGGGAGCAGGCGACGCGCGAUCAUUUCAAGGCCCAUGAAAUCGCCUUGGAGCAGCUGCGUCUGGCCAAUCUAAAGGAUGCCAAUCAGAUACCCUGCACUCAUUAA